UUUUGGUCGGCAUGAGUAAUCUAAAGUUUAUCCGCGCGGAUAAGUGUUCGUUGUGUGUUAAAACCUCGGUUGACAUAUCCGUACCGAUAGAGGUCGCUAAAUAUAUUGAAUAAUAGAUAAAUCUACUGAAACGAAUAACUUUUGAUAAUAUAGAAAAAAAAAAACAACAGUUUUUGGAAAUUUACAAUUUUCACGAUUUCUUGCAGUAUAUGAACUAGCAUUUCUGCAUUAAGCUCGGACAUUUAUAUCGAGACAAAUACUGACGUAGACGGCGAACAUGAGGGUUUGCACAAACUCUUAUAAUUCACGACUGAGAAAUUCACCGAAUUAAACAAAAAUGGCAUUAAACACAACUGUGAUAAAUGGGAGCUUAUCGUUUAAUGAAACCGUGUCGCUUGCAGAAUCAAGAAUGGCAGAGAAUAGGGCGUUGCUUGAGGAAGCAAAUUUGGAGGAGGUGAUCAGACAAGUUCCUCUUAUUAUAUUCAUGUUGUUGAUAUCCGUUCUUGGAAUUCCCGGAAAUGGACUCGUCUGCUAUAUAUAUCGCUCAAAGUACAACAUGUCCAGUUCAAGAUGGUUUAUCUUCUUCCUGGCUUCUGUGGACAUUUUAAUAUGUAUAAUCAUAGUGCCAUGUGAAAUUGCGACACUUUUUCAGCAGUAUAAUUUCACAAACGCAAACUGGUGCAGAUUUUCCGUGUUUUUCAACCUUUUGGCGAUUCUGUCUUUGGGAUUGACGUUAGUGAUUGUAUCUAUUGAUCGAUAUAGAAAAGUUUGCAAACCCUUAGGUUGGCAAAUUCAUUUCGACAAAGCAAGAAUGUUAAGUAUUAUUGCUGUUGCACUUGCAUUUUUAAUCUCGCUUCCUGUGUUUUCUGUAUAUGGUAUACACGAGUUUCAGCUUAAAGGACUUAAUGUGAACGCAACUGAAUGUUCUUUCCGAAAAGGUUUUGGAGAAUCAAAUCUUGCCUUUAUCUAUGUAAUAUUCGGAAUGAUUCUUUUUACAUGCGCUCUGAUAACUAUUUGCGUUUUGUACUGUUUUAUCGGCGGAGAGAUAAAACAACAUAUAGAAAAAGAAAGGGUGAAAAGACAUCUUAGUUUGACGGCAUCGAUGGCGAGAAAAAGUGACCAUAUACGGCCUGUGACGUCAACAUUUUCGAGCAAAAGUGUUCGGUUCAGUGAAAUCGCAGUAAAAAAGAAAUCGGUAAAGUUCGGUGACCAACAGACAAUUGUACAGCCAAAGAAGCCGCUCAGAGAACAGUGCGAAGAUAUCCUGAAUGAGGAAAAUUCGACCAAUAGCAUGUCUGAAGACGACACGUAUGACUUUGAUAUUCCUAAACGACCAAUGACUAGAGCCCAAAAGACAAAAUCGAAAAAAAUUAGGAGAGCGCGUGCGCGUAAAGCAACACACAGCAUGUUUCUUAUUUCCUUGGCAUUUGUUCUAAGUUAUCUCCCUUUUCUUUGUUUGUUGCUUGCAAGGAGCGUGAAGACGAAUUUUGACGAGUCGAUGUCUGACGGAUGGAGAGCCGUUUACAAGUUUUUCUUGAGGUCAUAUUUUCUGAACUGUGCGAUAAAUCCAUUUAUUUAUGGAAUGUCAGAUUCAAAAUUUAGACAAAGCUGCAAAGAUGUACUGUACGACAUACGGAAACAGCUGCGGAAAUGUUUCAAGUGUUUAAAAGUAUAACAAAUAUUUUGAAAAAAAAAAAAACAACAACAAAACAACAACAUGAGAGAAUCUCCCUUUAGGAACAAUUGGUAGAAGAUCUGUAUACUCGUAUUGUUUAAGACAUUAGCUGUUGAAUGAAAUGUAACGACAAAGUGCACAUAAGGGAUAUUUACAUACGUUUAACAAAAUUUCUAACAGGUGCUGCUACGUUCAACUCGAAAAAAACUAUUUGAAUGUUCGAAUUUUUAUGGAGACUGCUAAAAAGAACAUUUGCAGGUCGAGAUUAUUUUACCUCUAAGAGUUUUUUUAUCGCUGAUUGUAUUAAAUGUGUCAAAUAUUUCGUAAAAUCACAUUGUAUGUUGUAUGAUAUUACAGUUUCUGUUGAAAUAAACAGAGCAUCAUUUACUGCAACAAUACUGAGGCAUUUAUCUGGAGUAUUUUGAAAUGUAAAAUUUUCAAGUCACCGCCCCUUUAGACUUCAGUUGACGUAUAUGUACAAUAAAACUGUUUAUAAACACUGCAUAAAUGUUCCCGGAAGAAGCAAAUAUAUUGGAAAUAUCA